AUGGAAGGCUCAGACAAUACCAUAAAGGUCAGCUCCAAAGUCAGACCAGGAGUUUACAUUAAUGAAGGCAAAGAAAAACUCAAGGCUUUUGGUACCGUCGCUUUCCAUGCUAUGGGCAAUUCUAUAACUAGCGCGAUAAAAGCUGCUGACAGAUUGGUUUCUCUUGGAUAUGGAUCGAUUAAGAAAUUCGAAACACAAAGAAUCGAGACCACAGAUAAGGAAGGAGGAGACAAAAACGUCUGCAAAGUUAUCUUGGAACUCAAAAAGUCUGAUAACUUUGAAAAGAUUAGUCAAGAGUUUGAGAAGACUAGACAAGCAAGAGAAUAA